CGUAAUUUAGUUUGACGUGGACCAAUUUAUCCGCAAACCGCUAGUCCUCUCCGGGUCUAGUCUUCUCUCUCGGACAUAACCCCAAAUCCCGAUUCCCAACUCCUAAGAAACCGUUUUCCUUUCUUCUCCGCCGCCGUCGCCCUAUCUCCGACCGGUGCAUCUACAUUCCGGCGAUCCCUUUACCUCACUCUCUCUAGGGUUUUUCUUGUUUUCUUUUUCCUUUUUGUAUUUCGUGUUCCGCUUGAAACCUCUGCUAUUUCAGUGUGAAUCCCUGAUUUGGGUGUUUUUGUUUUAUCUUUGUGGGGAACGGCGUUGCUGUUAGGGUUUUGAUUUUGCCCAGUCGAGCUGUGGGAUACGGCUAGAAGAUUUGAAAUUUAGGGUUCUUUUUAAUUUACUUGGGGGUUUGUUUUGAAAUUAGGGUUUUCAGUGUGAUUCAGUAUGCCGAGGGGUUCGAGGCACAAAUCUAGUAGACAGGGGUUGAAGGAUGCUAAGGAAUCUUCGGACUCGGAAAAUGAUUCCACUCUGAGAGAUCGGAAGGGCAAAGAGAGUGGGAGUAGGGUAAUGAAGGACUCUGCUUCUAGUGAGAAGCGCAGAUUCGAAUCGAAGGAUUCAAAAGAGUUCUACGGUUCAGAGAAUCUGGAGAUGGAAGAGCAUGGACAUUCGAAGCGGCGUAAGGAGAGGUAUGAUGAGGGAACGACUGAUAGGUGGAAUGGGGGAAGCGACGAUGAGCUUGGUGUUCCUUCCAAAAAGUCAAAAACGUUGGUGGAUUCGAAGAGCAAGAGAAGGGACGAGAGUGUGGGAUUUCACGGGGAUGGCGAAGAACACAAGAAGAGUAGUGGAAAGGGCGAGGGAAGGCACCGGGAGUCAAGCCGAAAGGAGGGUAGGAAUGGUGGAGGGGAAAGGGAAAGGGAAAGGGAGAGGGAGAGGGAGAGGGAGAAGGAUAGGAAAGGUAGAGAAGGAAGAAGUGACAGGGGGGUUGCAAGUGAAGAUCUCCGUGUUGAAAAACAAGUGGAAAAGAACUCAGAGAAUGUGUUGCAUAGCCCUGGAUUAGAGAAUCACCUGGAGAUCCGAGUUAGGAAGAGAACUGGUUCUUUUGAUGGGGAUAAACAUAAAGAUGAUAUAGGGGAUGUCGAUAAUAGACAGCUAUCUUCAAAGAAUGAUACUGUGAAGGAUGGAAGACGAAAGAGUGAGAAAUACAAGGAUGAGAGAAAUAGGGAGAAGUACCGGGAAGAUGUUGAUAGGGAUGGCAAGGAAAGACAUGAACAACUUGUUAAAGAUCACAUUAGCAGGUCAAAUGACAGAGAUUUGAGAGAUGAGAAGGAUGCAAUGGAUAUGCAUCAUAAGAGAAAUAAGCCUCAAGAUAGCGAUCCUGAUCGAGAGGUAACCAAGGCCAAACGUGAAGGUGAUAUAGAUGCUAUGAGAGAUCAAGAUCAUGAUCGCCACCAUGCAUAUGAACGUGAUCAUGAACAAGAGAGUAGGCGUAGACGUGAUCGUGGUCGGGAUCGUGACCGUGACCGUGAUCGGGAUAGUAGACGACAUCGUAGUCGAAGCCGUGCUCGUGACCGUUACUCUGAUUAUGAAUGUGAUGUUGAUCGAGAUGGAUAUCAUUUUGAUGAUCAAUACACAAAAUAUGUUGAUAGUAGGGGAAGGAAAAGAUCUCCUAAUGAUCAUGAUGAUUCUGUUGAUGCUAGAUCUAAAAGUUUGAAGAAUAGUCACCAUGCAAAUGAUGAAAAGAAGUCUUUGAGCAAUGAUAAAGUGGACUCAGAUGCUGAGAGAGGAAGAUCUCAAUCACGAUCCCGUCAUGGAGAUGUUAGUUUAAGUAGCCAUAGACGGAAGAGUUCACCCAGUUCUCAUUCACGUGUUGUCACAGAUGAAUACAGGCAUCAAGAUCAGGAAGAUUUGAGAGACCGAUACCCAAAAAAGGAAGAUAGGUCCAAAUCCAUUUCUACUAGAGAUAAAGGUGUUCUUUCAGUAGUACAGGAAAAGGGUUCCAAAUACACUUAUUCGGAGAAACCCAGUGAAAUAGAGGGUGGCAAUGCUACUGAGAUGUUACGAGACAGGACUUUAAAUUCUAAGAAUGUUGACAUUGAAGAAAGUGGACGAAGGCACAAUAAUUCUAUUGAUGCCAAAGACCUCUCUUCCAAUAAGGAUAGGCAUAGCUGGGAUAUACAAGGAGAGAAACCUGUGAUGGAUGAUUCAUCUCAGGUAGAGUCUUAUUAUAGCAAAGGUAGUCAGAGCAAUCCAUCACCAUUCCAUCCUCGCCCUGCUUUUAGGGGUGGAGUUGAUAUUCCUUUUGAUGGUUCACUAGAUGAUGAUGGCAGACUUAAUUCUAAUAGCCAUUUUCGAAGGGGUAAUGAUCCAAAUAUGGGUAGAGUACAUGGCAACACUUGGAGAGGUGUUCCAAACUGGACAGCACCACUACCAAAUGGCUUUAUCCCUUUCCAGCAUGGACCUCCUCCUCAUGGAAGUUUCCAAUCACUUAUGCCACAGUUUCCAGCACCACCUAUGUUUGGUAUCAGACCCCCGCUUGAUAUCAAUCACUCGGGAAUUCAUUAUCGGAUGCCUGAUGCUGACAGAUUUUCAAGUCACAUGCAUCCACUAGGGUGGCAGAAUAUGUUGGAUGGUUCAAGCCCUUCUCACUUGCAUGGAUGGGAUGCAAACAACGGUAUCUUUAGGGAUGAAUCUCAUAUUUAUAAUGGAGCUGAAUGGGAUGAGAACAGGCAGAUGGUGAAUGGUCGAGGUUGGGACUCCAAAGCUGAAAUGUGGAAGAGACAGAGUGGCUCCCUGAAAAGGGAAAUACCUUCCCAAUUUCAGAAAGAUGAGCGUUUGGUGCAAGAUCCUGUUGAUGAUGUAUCAAGUAAAGAGAUAUGUGAUGAGAAUGCUGAUACCGUUUUAACAAAAACUGCUGAAAUAAGGCCUAAUAUCCCUUCUGCAAAAGAAAGCCCCAACACCCCCGAACUUUUAUCUGAAACACCAGCUCCUCUUAGUCGGUCAAUGGAUGAUAAUUCUAAACUUAGUUGUUCUUACCUUUCUAAGCUUAAGAUUUCCACAGAACUUGCACUUCCUGAUUUGUACCAACAGUGUCAGAGAUUGAUGGACAUUGAGCACUGUGCAACUGCAGAUGAGGAAACUGCUGCUUAUAUAGUUCUUGAGGGUGGUAUGAGAGCUGUGUCCGUCUCUUCAAAUAGUGCACAAAUAUCUCUUUUCCGUCCAAACAAGAACUCAGUUUUUCAGCAUGCAAUGGACUUGUAUAAAAAGCAGAGAACGGAAAUGAAGGAGAUGCAAGCUAUUUCUAGGGAAAUGCCCUUCUCUGAGAGGAUGCUUGUAGAAGAGCAGGGGAUGCAAGUUGUUUCCGGGGGAAUGGCUUUCUCGGAGAGGAAACAUGAAGAGAAGGGCUUUAAUUUCAAUAAUGAAGAAGUUAAGGCUCCUGUUUCAACUGUUGAUGCGGAAAUGACACAGGCACCCAUCAAAACCACUGGUGUUGAUAAGGCAAUUGAGGCAGAUGCUGCUUUGGGUAAAUUGGAGGAUUUGGCAGUUGAGGCGGAUGCUGCUUUGGGGGAACUGGAGGAUUUGGCAGUUGAGGCGGAUUCUGCUUUGGGGGAACUGGAGGAUUUGGCUUCACCUGCCACUCGGGAGGUUAAGUGUCUUGAGAACUCAGAGGAGUCGGUGCCGACUACCAAUUCAACAGAAGUGGUUAUGAUGGAUUCAGAGCAGCAGGCGAACCUAGACGCUGAGAAGGAUACCAUUGUCAUAGCAAAUGACAACACACCAGUUAAUAACAUCAAUGAAUCCAGUAACGACGACGACAUGAAGGGGAUUGUCAAUGGCAAAGACUCUCCACGAUGCGAUGAAUUGAGUAACAACAACGACAUCAAGGGGAUUGUGAAUGGCAAAGAAUCUCCAGGAUGUGGAGUUGGUAAUUCUUGUUUUGACAAAGCAGUGAGUGGUCCUUUAUCUUUUGCAGGAGGAGAUGAAAUAGGGGGGGAGAGUUGUGAGGAGGGGGGGUUAAUGGGUGGUGGUGGUGGUGGUGGUGGUGUGCCAAUAGGGUCAGAGUCUUUAAUUUUGAGUCAGAUACGUCAUUCUCCUGAAAGUACACAUUGAAACAAUUUUAAUAUCGCUUCUGCAUUUCAUAUUUUGCUUAGUUUUAAGUUAUUGAUUUUUCUAUAUUCAUGUUGCUUCAUCUUCCUGCAAGGAAUAAAAUUUCCUACUGUUCUGCA